GACACUGCAGCGCGCGGGCGCGUGCAUCUUCUUCUUGACGAGCUCUGCGGACAAGACGGUCGUGCAGGCGUUUCCCGUCUUUGUCUUCCUGUGUUCAAGGUGACAGUAGAGCAUCUGAUCAGGAUGAUGAUGAGUUCGCCAUCCGACAAGAUAAAAAAGAAAUGGUCCAAGGCCAGUCUCAACCUCUUGCCAUGUUUCUACUUUGUCGAGCUCCCCAUCGUGGCCUCCUCAAUGGUGUCGCUCUACUUCCUGGAGUUGACGGACAUGCUGCGGCCUCCGAGACUCGGCUUCCGCUGUCACGACCGCGAUCUCAGCAAACCAUACGUGGAAGGUGGCGACGAAAUGAUUCCGCUGCUCAUGCUGCUCAGCCUGGCCUUCGCUAGCCCGGCCGCCUCGAUCAUGCUGGUGGAGGCCUUCCUCUAUCUGCUGCAGUCCCGUACCACAGCCCAGGGAGCAGAAGGCAGCAUCGCCGCGGGAGGCUGCAACUUCAACUCUUUUCUGAGGAGGACUGUCCGCUUUGUGGGCGUGCACGUGUUCGGGCUGUGCGCGACGGCGCUGGUCACUGACAUCAUCCAGCUGUCGACGGGUUGCCACGCCCCCUUUUUCCUCACCGUCUGCAAGCCAAACUACAGCCACGUCUCCUGCGAAACCAACACCUACAUCACCAAGGACAUCUGCUCCGGACACGAUCGACAUGCCAUCGCCGCCGCCAGGAAAAGCUUUCCAUCGCAGCAUGCCACUCUGUCCGCAUUCGCCGCUGUGUACGUUUCUAUGUACUUCAACUCCACCAUCUCGGAGCGCACCAAGCUGCUGAAACCCGUCUUGGUAUUUGUGUUCGCCAUAGCCGCCGCGCUGAGCGGCCUGACCCAGAUCACGCAGCACCGCAGCCACCCUGCCGACAUCUACGUGGGCUUCCUGGUCGGAGCUUUCAUCGCCGCCUACCUGGCUUGUCACUCCGUGGCCAACUUUAGGUCCUCUGACACGCCUCUGGUCCUACCCCUUCCGCCCAGUCUGGAGGACCCUUUGCGAGCUCUGACCGAGCGAGGGCACGAGUCAGUCUACAACAAGGGCCCCGCCUCAGCCUCUGAGAGCAACGAUGAGAUAGCAGCCAGUCCGGGACCUCUUCAGAGGGAGGUUGCGUCCAUGGCAAGCAUCAAGAGGGCCAGUGCGGAUAUUGAGCUAAGGGCCCCGCGGAGUCCCAUGGCCAAGGAGACCAUGCUGACUUUCAGCAACACUUCGCCCCGAACCAGCAUCGGUGUCAGUGACGGAACUCCUGGUCCGGCUCAACCUGUGCAGCCGCUCCAGCAACGUCCAAAGACUGUCCAUGUCCCCAUGGACACGGUUUCGUCACAGCGUCUCUUGUCAGAAUGGAAGAAUAGGUCCGUGGAGAUGCGAGCUCAGAGCGUGCGGGAUGACAACGAACUUGGCGAAGACGGCUCCGACUCGGGGAGAGACAACAGAUGUUCUCCCGUCCUUGCCGUGUCCUCCGGCAACGCCUCAUCCAACCGCAACCCCACUCCUCCUCCGGGUUGGGCUGCCAAACCUGUGGCCACGCCGAGAGCGCCACAGAUCCAGCAAGCGGUAGCGCCUCCAAUUUCACCCAAGAGCUCCUUAGCCCGCGCCAAGUGGUUGGCUAUUCGAGAGAAGGCUGGCAUGGAAGCUUUGGGUGGCGUGGCGGCCAACCACCCGCGACUGCUUCAGGUGGUGGCCAUGUCCAAGCAGCAGGGGCUUCUGGCAUCCCUGUCCUCGCUGGAAAAAUGUUCAGAAAGCGCUACUGUUUGUUGCAGCUCUUCAGCCGCCCCCUGUCUGCAUUGCCGGCCGGCUGGCGAGAAGCAACGUGAAGUCGUUGUCACCGUGAACGCCCACACGUCUCACCAUCCUUUGGCUCAAACGCCACCAAGUCCCUGGGAGUGGGCCCGGCCCAACCUGUGUGACACAUACCACCUGAACGGCCUGCAGCAAGGAGAUCCCGCCGCCUGCGGCAGUAGCUUCCGACAGCGGCGAGCUGGCGCCAGUUAUGAACCGCCGGCACAGUUUGAGGCGUUGACAGAUGCGCAGCGCAAAGGAAUGGCUAGCAGACGCAAGACGGCGCUGGUUCUUCUGGAGCGAGGCGCUCACCUUACUAAUGAGGAGAACCACCUCAAGAGUUUCCAAGGUCGCACAAUGAAGGAUGAGUCCAGUGGAUUCUUUUGAAAGGUUCUCUAUUUUGGAGACAAUCAUGUCUGUAGUGCAGUCGCAUCAAUUCAUCAGUUGAUUCUCAUUGGCCGCUUUGCUGAGCAGUGGGCGGAGGACUCUGAUUCACGGUCUGAACGACAUUCGUACUAUGGGCGCAGAAUUUUAUGUCGACGUCACUGCCAUGUUAGAUUUGGACAUAAUUUUGAACUUAGAUGUUGAACAACAACAAUUAGGAUUCAUUAACACCUCCAAUUUUGUAAACACCCAAACCUCAAGCUUUGGACUAAACAUGAAUCUAAAGUUUCUCUCGCGACUGCCAUCAUUCACAGUGAGGAUAAAACUAACAAACAUACAAUAAUCAAAACCAGUGAAAUGCAAAGAUUAGUUCUCCUUAUUCAAAAAGCCUCAUGUCGCAUCGCCAUUGAAGAUUGAAUUCUUUCAGCCGCAGUUAUGAGAUGUUCACCAUGGAUAUUUCAAAAUUCUGCAUUUCAGUGUUACAAUUGGUAGCUGUAAACACAUUGCCAAAGUGCUCCCAUCUAUCAAACAUUUAUAAUUAACAGAUGAAAAGAUCAACAUUGAUUUUGGUUUCCCAAAUGUUGCAGCUUUGGGAAUUUCUGUUUCUUGACUUGCGUUUUAUAACGAGGCUGAAAUGCCACAUCGAAUAUGGCGGCCACGGUGACGUUCUGGACCAACGGAUGAGAUGAAACUUCUUCGCCCGCGUCUCGGCUCUGAACUUGGCUGCGAUGCGAUCGUUCAGUUUCCAUGGUGAUGCUAAAUGUACGUGUGCUAUUGUGACUAAAACGCUAAUGUUGACGUAACGACGCGCAAGAAAAGCAAAUGACUGUCAUCCAAAACAACUCGGACGGAACCCCUAAUGAGACAAAUACACCGACUUUUGAUCUUUUAGCCUGUUAGCUAUACUCUACGUGCCAAUAUUUUCGACAUGGGCGCGCUUAGGGCGAGAAGAUGGCUACAUAAUGGCCUGGUUGCUCGUCAGUGUCAAGGAGCUCAGGGCACAUUCAAACUAACUUCCUCCUUCCACUUGGAUUGCGUCAGCCCCAAAAUUGUUUAAGUCCCUCUUCAAGCCAUCAGCCCAACGGAGACCUCUGACGCUGCUUCCCGGUGUUGUGCUUGAUUUGGUUCCCCCGUGAGAUUUUGUUCCCCCUGCCGCGGGAGCGCGCACACCUUAUUUGGAAAGCGAAAACCGAUGUCGUACGGCGUCAACACUACGUUGUUUUCAAUAAAAACAUGAAGAACUCACGUUUGCGUCAGUCAAUUUUAAUUUUUAUAAAGGAUUAUUCUCAUUUGAUGUCUUUAAAUUCAUACGCGUUCUGCCAUUGAUGCGGGGUGCAAUCAAAGACCAGUCGUGCAGGCGGAAUACUCAUUCACUUCACCAAAACGCAACAAUAUAAUUACGUGAGCUCUUUGCAUAAACCUCGCUGCAAAGAAACUCCUCUUUUUGGGUACAGGCUACAAGGAGUAUAUAUUACUGUAAUGAAUGAACGAAUAUUGUAAUUUCCCACACUAGCUGGUCUUUGAACGGCCCAUACUCUAUCGCGAGAGCUUGAGUGUGUUUUCUAAGUUGGUACUCGGGAGUUGAAGAAUAAAGAACACGAGUUUUCUGUUCAGCACACGGCGUGGCCUGUUUUAUGUCAGGACGACAUUACAUGGUGUCAGGAGUGGGAUCAGCCUUUACCGAACCGAGAUGUCCAAGUUUAACCCUCCGUCGGAGUUUAACUCAGCUCGCCCGAGUGAAUGGCCGGAGUGGAAGCAGAGAUUCGCACGCUACAGGCUGGCUACGAAACUGAACGCAGAAAGCGGUGAGGUCCACGUUUGCUCCCUGAUUUACGCGAUGGGUAGUGAAGCAGAGAAAAUCUUCGCCUCGUUUGAGUUCGCGGGGGAAGACGAUAAGAAAGACUAUGGAGUUGUUCUUGGAAAAUUUGAUGAAUACUUUAUACCCAGAUGAAAUAUAAUACACGAAAGGGCGUGCUUCUACCAACGAAACCAACUACAAGGAGAAAAAGCGGAGGCGUACAUACGAGUCCUGUAUGAAUUAGCAGAGAACUGUGACUUUGGGGACAAGAGGGACGAGCACAUUCGUGAUAGGCUCGUUGUGGGCAUAAGGGACAAGGAGUUGUCGCUGAAACUACAGCUCACAGUAGACCUGACGCUGGCGCAUGUUAUACAGCAGGUACGACAGUCUGAAGAGGUCACCAAGCAAAUUAGCAUGCAAGGUAGCGGUCUCCCACCGGAGCUCCAGGUCGCAAGUGUUUCCGCAGAAGGACGUCGGAAAGGACCACACAAAAAGUCCACACAACAUACUCAAAGAGAGUCCACAAGCUGUGGUAGAUGCGGCACACAGCACUAUGAAAAGAACAAAUGUCCAGCAGCUAGAAGAGUAUGUAAAAAGUGCAACAAAAAGGGACACUGGGCUCGUGUAUGCCGUACCAAGGUUGUGAACGAACUCAGUGAAGCCACCCAGUACCACUUUCUAGGUGAAGUCACUGGCUCAGCAGACCCCGAGAAAUGGACUGUCACACUGGACAUUGCAGAGAUGCCUCUGACCUUCAAGAUAGAUACAGGAGCUGAUGCAAGCGUCAUUGGAGACAAAACAUUCAGUCUACUCAAUAAAAAGUACAAACUAACCCCUACCACAAUUCCCUUCUCAGGACCCGGAGGUCCACUCCAGUGCUUUGGGAUGUUCGAGGCAAACACAGAGUACAAAGGAGAAACCUACACCUUUCCAGUGUACGUGAUAAAAGGGAACAGCUGCUUGCUCAGUCGCACAGAAGCGGUCAGGAUGGGUUUGGUGAAAAGAGUAGAGGAAAUCAGUGCUGUGUUCGGAACUACUGGAUUGUUAAAGACGGAACCAGUAAAGAUCCUUCUCAAAGAAGAUGCACAACCAUACGCAGUCCACGUGGCCAGAAGAGUCCCACUCCCACUCAUGCCACUCGUAAGGAAGGAGUUACAGAGACUAGAAACUGAAGGCAUAGUUGAAAAAGUAACCGAACCUACUGAGUGGUGUGCAGCAAUGGUGCCGGUCUUAAAGCCCAACAAAGUUGAAGUAAGGUGCUGUGCAGACUUGAGAAAACUAAACAAGGCUGUAGCACGGGAGAAAUACGUGUUGCCGACAAUGGAAGAGAUAAUGCCAAGACUCUCAGGAUCCAAACUGUUCACAUCCCUGGACGCUGCGAGUGGGUUCUACCAGAUCCCGCUGCACAAAGACAGUCGCAAACUAACCACCUUCAUUACUCCCUUCGGGAGAUAUGCUUUUUGCAGACUUCCAUUUGGAAUAUCGAGUACCCCCGAGAUUUUUCAGCGCAAGAUGGCAGAGAGACUACAGGGGCUGGAAGGUGCAGAGGUGUACAUGGCUGAUAUAUUGGUCCACGGAGAGACAGAGGAGGAGCAUGACAAACGCUUGGAGCAGGUCCUCAGAGUCGUUGAGGAAGCCGGACUGAAACUAAACAGAGGCAAGUGUAAGUUCAGACGGAGGCAGAUUAAGUUCUUGGGACACAUCAUUGAUGAGAACGGGGUGAGGCCAGACCCAGCAAAGGUUGAGGGGAUUGAGAAGUUCCCUAAACCCCAGAACGUCGCUGAGCUGAGACGAUUUAUUGGUAUGGUCAACUACCUAGCAAAGUUUGUGCCUGAAAUGGCGACAGUUGGACAACCACUCUAUGAACUUCUAAAAACCAGUGUGAGAUGGCAGUGGGGUCCGGCACAGGAAUCCUCUUUUCGGAGACUGAAAUCAGCUUUAGCAUCUGCACCGGUUCUCACUUUCUAUGAUGCCAACAAACCCACAAUGGUGUCCGCUGACGCCAGUACCUAUGGGCUCGGAGGAGUCCUACUUCAGCGACAUGGUGAAGAUUGGAGGCCAAUGGCUUAUUGCUCCAGGAGGCUUCGUGAUCCUGAAACGAGAUACGCACAAAUAGAGAAGGAGUGCCUAGCGAGCGUCUGGGCAUGUGAGCGCUUUGAGAAAUACCUGAUCGGACUAGAGACAUUUACAUUGGUCACGGACCACAAACCAUUGGUGCCUUUGAUGAACAAUAAGGACUUGGAUAAUGUCCCACUAAGGUGCCAGAGACUCUUGAUGAGACUGAUGCGUUUUAAUGCAGAAACAGUAUACGCACCCGGCAAGACAUUGGCAGUGGCGGACGCACUGUCGAGAGGGCCCCUUGAACAAACCGGCGACGAGCAGCUGGAGGAAGACGUGAUGGUGCACAUCGGAGCAGUCAUCAACCACCUCCCAGCAACACCCCACAAGCUGCAGCAGAUAAGAGAGCACACCGACCUAGACCCCCAGCUACAGCUAGUUAAACAGUUUAUUCAGAAAGGCUGGGCAGGUUACGAAAGACAGGUUCCCGAGGCAGUUAAGGAUUUUUACAAAGUAAGGGGGGAGCUGUCUGUGGUAGAGGGGUUGGUGGUCAGGGGAAGCCAGAUAGUAAUUCCUAGUGUGAUGAGAUCUGAGAUGAUAGACAGGAUUCACGAUGGUCACCAAGGUCUAGUGAAGUGUAGAGAGAGGGCCAAACAAUCAGUGUGGUGGCCAGGGAUCUCAAAAUGCAUAAACAACAAAGUUACUGAGUGUGAUUUCUGCACUGCAACUAGGCACACACAGAAUAAAGAGACACUCAUCCCAGCAGUAUUGCCAGAUAGACCAUGGCAAAAGAUAGGGGUGGAUUUAUGUGAAUAUAACAAGCAAAAUUACUUGGUAGCUUCUGAUUAUUAUUCUCGCUAUCUAGAGAUUCUGAACUUGCCCACAACCACAACCACUCAGGUUAUAAGUAAGCUAGCUGCUACUUUUGCCAGGUUUGGGGUUCCAGAGGAGCUUGUUAGUGAUAAUGGGCCUCAGUUUACUUCCGAAGAGUUCAGGAGGUUCAGCAGAGAGUUAGAUUUCAUCCACACCACAUCUAGCCCGCAUUACGCUCAAAGUAAUGGUCAUUCAGAAAGGGCAGUGCAGAUAGCAAAAGGGAUUCUUAAGCAGGAAAACCCCCUUUUAGCUCUUAUGGUUUAUAGGAGCACUCCCACUACUUCUACAGGCUGUAGCCCAGCGGAGCUGCUGAUGGGCCGCAAGAUCAGAACCACGCUGCCCAUCCUGUCUGCUAACCUGGAUCCAAGGUGGCCCAACAGGGAGGAGACGCGCUCUACAGAUGCUGCGGCCAAACAGAAGCAAGCAUUUUAUUAUGACCGCAGGAAUGGUGUCCGACACUUACCUCCACUGAGUUCUGGAGACAACGUCCUGAUGAAACUGGACAAUGAGAAACGAUGGGCUACUCCAGGAAUGGUACAAGGUAACAGUUCUGCACCCAGGUCCUAUGUCGUGACGACAGCCCAAGGAGGUUGUUUUAGACGGAACCGCCACCACUUAUUGAAAGUGCCUGCUGCUCCCUUACUUCCGGCUAUCAGCGGGCCCCCGCAAGAUCUUUCGCCCAAGAGUGGGGACGACGACAUUAUUGCAACCUCUGAGACAUCACCAAUGACUGAGACAGUUACAAUCACUCGCUCAGGUCGAGUGAGUAAGCCUCCACCAAAGUUAGAUCUUUAGUUAGAAAAAGAGAGAAAACAAGUUAAAGUUAUGCUGUGUUCAAAUAAGCUAUUUGAUGCGGUGUUAAGAUACUGUUAUUUGUGUUAUAUAACUUAGUUGCAGAAAACUUUCAUAUGGGGAAACAAGAGUUGGGUAUGCUAUAGUAAUAACAACACUGUUCUGUUGUUACAACUUAUAACCACUUGGUGGAGCCUAAGUUAGACUUUGUUUUUCAAAAAGAGGGGAAGAUGUAAUGAAUGAACGAAUAUUGUAAUUUCCCACACUAGCUGGUCUUUGAACGGCCCAUACUCUAUCGCGAGAGCUUGAGUGUGUUUUCUAAGUUGGUACUCGGGAGUUGAAGAAUAAAGAACACGAGUUUUCUGUUCA